UGUGACCAUAGCCAGGAUGACGCACUCAGUCUCAAACUGUGGCCAUUCGAACCCGGAAGUUUGGAGCUUUAGAGCAUUGCUAUGUAUUUUGGUCGCAAUAGAUCCAGCAAUACAAUGGCGGUAGUUAUUUUAUGGUAGAUUGAAUGGAAUUGUCAAUAUGAAACAUCGUCUCGUAAGUCUGGCUAUCGCUGCUAUGUGUUGAAUUUGUAUGGAAGGCUAAACAAUAUGGAAAGACAAGACGAGGACUCAUACACGAAUAACCUCAUUGGGACUCUGCUGGCUAUUUUUGGCAACGUGCUUGUCAGCAUCUCCUUGAAUAUUCAGAAAUACGGUCAUGUAAACAUCGUGGGAGCAAAAGACCCGCGUGUUUUCUACCGUACGAAAACCUGGUGGUUUGGUUUUUUCCUCACCUCUUUGGGUGAAGGAGCCAACUUUGUCUCGUACGCCUUCGCCCCCCUCAGUCUUAUAGCACCUCUCAAUGCUGUCUCCAUGCUCACAAGCUUCAUUUUGGGUUUUAUUUUCAUGCCCGAGAAAUCCAGGUCGAAGGACUUUGCGAAGCGUUACGGCCUGUCCUUCCUGGGUGCUGUCCUCGCCAUCGGAGGGGUGUACCUCUCUGUGGCCUUUGGACCCAACUCGCAUGAAAACCUGACUGCAGAAAUCAUUGUGAGACACCUUGUCGGAUGGCCUGUUCUACUUUAUCUGGUGCUGGAGGUCAUUGCAUUCUGCCUGCUUUUAUAUUUUUACAAAGAGAGAAAUGCAAACUACCUCAUUAUUGUCCUGCUUCUGGUUGCUUUGCUAGGUUCAGUCACAGUCAUUACAGUGAAGGCCGUCUCCAACAUGCUGGUUCUGACCAUGGAAGGCUCCAUGCAGCUUGACUACCCCAUCUUCAGCGUCAUGUUUGUGUGCAUGGUGGCUACAGUCAUCUUCCAAGCCAGGUUUCUCUCCCAAGCUUGCAAGCUGUACGACACAUGCCUCAUCGCCAGCGUGAACUACAUCCUCUCCACCAUUUUUGCUGUAUUAGCAGGAGCCGUGUUUUAUUUGGAGUUUAAGAAUGAAGAUGCCCUUCACAUCAGCAUGUUCUUGUUGGGGACUGCUGCAUGCUUCUUGGGGGUCUUCCUCAUCACCAAAAACCGGAAGAGGAGCAAGACCUUUGAGCCUUAUGUCACUAUAAAUAUGAGUAAUGGUGUCCCAACCAUUCACAGUACGAGUCCCGAGGCCCCACCUAACUUCAGUGGCACUUUCUCUUAUGGUGCUCUGGUCAAUGACUCAACGUCUUCCACUCAUCUGCCUGUCAACGUGGAGCAACCUACUUCUAGCACUAGAGUGCCUAACGAGGCUACUGGCGGGAAGGAAGAUUAGCACUUCAAAGGUUGACCUUUCUCUGACUUGUGCGUACUUUAAAGCUAUGAUUCCCAUAGAAAUAAUCUGUUCCGGGGUCAAACCCUUUUUUCCUGCUCAGAAGGACAAUCUUGAAAAUAUAUUUGAAUGGUGUUGGGUACAAACAUGCUCAGGACCACCAAAAACAAUCUUGAAGGUGCUGGAUUGUAAACCGGUACAAGUGAAUGUGGGAACAAUACUUGAUACUUAAAUGCCUCAAAUUUUUUUGCUUUGCUUAUAUAUAUAUGCUGUUAAGUGCUUCCUCUUAUGACUCAUAUCUACACCUUUUGCCAAAGUUUACUUUCUAAAUGCAGGUGUUUGUGUUAAUAUUCUCCCUUUAACUCAUCUCCAAAGAGCAGUGUUCACUCCAGGUUUGCCUCUUUUUGGGGGGUUUGUAUUACUACCUUUUUGAAUGGGUCCAAUUAGUUGUUGAAAAUUCCUUAAUUUAUUGUAUUUAUUCAUUUUGAAUUAGCAUUUGUGCCUUGAAGAGCAGCAUGACACUGGAUAAAUUAAGAUAAAGGUGCACUAAGUUGAAGUUGUAUCAAUAAAAAUAUUCUGUUGAAAAUCAUUUUUGGCUGCAGGUGUUUUUUUAAUAAUAUUUUUUGUUGGACUACAUUUCUAAUGAAAACCAACAAGAAUAAAUACAAUA